CUUGGACAGUCACACAUAAAUCAGGAUUGGGGUCAACACUCUUGAGUACUGUUCCGUGACUGUAUGCAAAUUUUCUGCAGUGUCUCUACUUAGUACACGGGUGUCUAUCUGCUAUAUAAGUAUUAAGUAUAAUACUACACUUGGCACCCUUGUUGAAAGUCUCACUAGAGAAGUAAGUGACUAAAUGGGCCAUAACAACUGAACUAUUAUUUCUAGAGGUAGCUCCUGCAAAUCAAGAUUGGAGCAUGGCAUGACUGGGAAAUAUAACAAUACUGUUGUUACUGUUACUACUGUUAUACAAAGGAUAUCAGCUUCCAGAGUUGUUACUCUGGCACUUCUUGCAAGCACCAAAGAAAGUUACUGUGACUAUCAGAGGGCACAAUGCAGAAUCCUUUAACUCUUUCUGAAGAUAAAUGGAAAUCCUCUUCUGGGAUAAUAAGAAAUGGAAAAGGUUUUCAAAAUAAAAGUCAGUUUAGGACAAUUGCACCAAAGAUGGUACCUAAAGUUAUAACAUCAGGGGUGGUGUCUUGUCUUCCACCUGUUCUUCCUGAACAAACUAAUCCUAUUUCAUCUGCAAGCGCUAAACCACUUAUAAUGCCAACACAAAACUAUACUCUAAUGCAAGUUGCUGGUCGUGAGGGAACUUUUUCUCUUGUAGCUUUACCACAUAUCACCCCUGCACUGGCAGCACAACGAAUCCAACAAUCAAAUGUGUCCCCUCCUGAAAACCUCAAGCUACCCAUUCCUAGGUAUCAAUCUGUAAAAAAUAAAUUGUUGAUUGACAAAAAAACAAUUCAAACCUCUUCUUCAAGUGCACAUAACAAGAUUCCCAGCAAGGUACAAAUUUCAUCACAGACACCAGCAAUGACUACUUCAACUGGAGACCUUCCUGAAGCUCAUUCUACUACAGAUUCAUCUGAACAAGUUAUUUUAAUUGAUCAUGGUUCUACUGAAAUUACAGUUGGUACUUUACUCAGUGAAAACAACUGUGUAGAAUCUGGAUCUCCUUUAUUAAACAAAACAGAAACUGCUGAAGAUAGUAUUUCGGGACCAUCUGUCAUUAAGGAAUGUUUGUUCAAGCCAAUGAAUCCAAGUAAUCCUGUGAAAAUGAAUCUACAUUCCAUGAAAUCAACUAUUGAAGCCACAAAAGGCUCAUUCAUAACAUCUGAGAAACUUAAAGAAAAACUGGUGAAUUCUGCAAAUUCUGUCACUGUCCUGUCACCAGCAAUAUUUGGCAGUGAAGUUCAAUUGACGCAGUCCGCACCAAAAGGAAAGCUUCCUAUUUUGCCAUAUUCAAGAAUGAAAAAUGCAAUGUUCUGUAAAUCUAAACAAAAUUCUAACACUGUGGCUGCAUCUACUCCUGGGCGAAGACCUGAAUGUGAAAAGAUACCACCUUUGGUAAAAACCUUUAAUGUUUCUACCAGAGUUUAUGAUAAACUACUAGCGAUAUCUUUUGCACAAAUCUCCAAACAAGCCCCCCGUGAAAAUACCUUCAGUCCAGCCACUAAACUGGAUGUUGAUAAUCUAAAGAAAUUGAAUGGUAUAGCCUCUAAGAGAAGAGGCAGAAAACGAAGAACCCCAGAUGAGAUAUUGGCAUUUCAGACCAAAAGAAGAAAGUGCAUCAUUAAUAAAUUUAGAGAGGGUAAAGAGAGAGUAAAAGUUGAUCCCCAUGAAUCAAAAGGCAGUAGGGCUGAGUCAGUUAAAAAAUACCGUAGUAUCAGACCAAAACCUGUAGUUAUGCAGGCUUUAGCUCCACUGACUUCUGCGGCUAUAAUAGAGACUCAGACUCCUGACUGCAUAGAACAAGACAUUUUCUUAAAUGAUACACUUCCAAAUAAAUAUUUAAGCUAUAAGCAGAGUGAUGGCACUUCUGCUAAACAAAGUGAUCUGUGUAGAAAUUUAUUUUCUACUGUACCUAAGCCAUGGCAUAAGUGCCAUGUCUGUAACCACAACUUUCAAUUUAAACACCAUCUUCAGGACCACAUGAACACACACACAAAUAGACGGCCAUAUAGCUGUCGAAUUUGCCAGAAAACAUAUGUUCAUUCAGGAAGCCUAAGCACUCACAUGAAGCUUCAUCACAACGAAGGCAGACUCAAGAAAGUUGUGUGUUGUGAGUUUUGUGCCAAAGUAUUUGGCCAUGCAAGAGUAUACUUUGGCCAUCUGAAGGAAGUACACAGGGUUGUUAUCAGCACCGAGCCCUCCACAGGCGAACAGCAACUGCAAGAUGCUUUAAAGAAUAGAGACAUAAAUAUAAAAGGAGCAGAAGAAACAAUAGAGAGGGGAAAUAAAUGCAAUUUUGAAGAUUUAUUUCAGAGUCAAGCAGAAGUCAAAUUACAGAUCAAAUGUGGCAGAUGCCAGUUUACUGCACAGUCUUUUGCUGAGAUGAAGUUUCAUUUGUUGUGUUUUCAUGGCGAGGAGCUCCCAGGAAGAGUAAAAGAAGGAAUUCUACAGGGAGGCAAAGGAGCUCAGGAAGAACUGAUCAAACAUGCAGCUCAUUUCUGGAAGCAGCGCAAAGAGAGACGAAAUCCAGUCAAACGUGGCACUUGUGAGGAAGAGUUUUAUGCUUUUCCAAAACUGAAAAGGCAAAUAUAUCUUCAUCAAAAUAAUUUUGAUACUUUAACUAAAAGUGAGAUUAUUCCAUCAGGUAACAGUGAACCAGGAAAGGAGUUGCAAAAUUUUGGCUGUGCCACACAAAAUAAAAAAAUUCAAAUUUGGUGUAAAGCUGAUUAUAACUGCAUUUUAUGCAAGCAGGUAUUUGGAAGAAAAGAGGGGCUUUUCAGUCAUUGGCAGAAUCAUCAUAAUUGUGAAGACCCCUGUGUUCUUUGGACUAUUUUUAAUUCAUUCUCCAAACAGGGAGUUAUUGAACUUUCUAAUAAUGCUGAAAAAUGAAGCAGUGGCAAAAUUCAGCUAGAAAAGUAUUCCAUUUCCAAGGUUACCGAUUUAUUUGUGUUUGAUUUGCAGUGUCACAAAAAUUUACAAUUAUUUCACUCAUUCUCUUUGGUGAUCAGUUGCAGUGGUUUUACAUGUAGUUGAGGUUUGUUUGCUGAAUACAAAACUCUUAAUUCUCACCAUAGGCCUUUUCAUAUAUAUAAUAUAUAAUACACACAAGCCUGUUAUAUAAUGCCAUACUUAAUAUUGAUGCACAAGGACCUUCACAGAAACAAGUAUGCAGAAUGUUAGAGGUUGAAAUUAAGAAGAAAAAGGGAGGAACUGAUAUUAUAUUAUGCUGUACUCAGAGACAUUAAUGUUGCCCUUUGUAAAGUAAUGGUGUACAAAUGUUCUUGUACAGAAUGACAAACCAGAUUGAAAAUAUAAUUUUCAGUCUUAACAGUGCCUCCAUAUUUUAUGGGAAAUGCAUUCAGUUCUCUGGAUGCACGUUAAGAUUUAAUGUACAUGCUUUUUUAUGCUUAUAAAUAUGGAGCACAGUUGUAAACUGGUACAAUAGAAAACCACAAGAAAAAGUAUUAAUGAACUCCAAGGAGUUCCUAUGGAUUUCUCUAGAAGUCUUCAGAACUUACACUUUCUUUAAAAAAAAAAAAAAAAGAUAUUCUGAUUGUAAAGAUAACCUUCACACUGCUGGAUCUUUGAUUCCUUCUGCACUAACAAUCAAGGCUAUAAGCCUUGUUUAAAGUCUGUUGUGACCAAAUGGGUUUCCCAUAUUGUUUGGCCAGCCAAUGUAGACACUGCCUAAAAGUUAUGCUACUAUGAGCUAAAACCUUAUCUACACCUAGAUUUUUUGGGGGACACUAAUGUAGAAUGGCGUAGGUACUCACCGCUGUGUUGUCUAACAGUGCUCGAAGGAGGUAAGAUGACACAAUGAUGAAAAUGCUGGUGCUCCUUUUACCCUAUUGCUUCCUCCAUUUCUACCAUCUGUCAAGCUGUACCUGUGGUAGUGCAGUCAUGGAAGAAUUAUCCAUAGAAAGUCUGAGAUAGGCACAUACUCAUGCUAAAACUCUGAAAAGUCCAAGACUUUAGCCUGGUUAUGGGAACAUAGGAAGAUAGGGCCUAAAAAGUGUUGGAUUCUCAUAGUGAGAUCCUGGAAGAUAUUACACGAUUCUUCUGUGUUUUCUGUAACAUCAGUAAAAGUUUGAUAAGCCGAUAUCUUAGAAUGACAUUCCUUGUCCUAUAAUGCUGUUUGGUGUUUAAGUAUGAGACUGGAGCCAAAUAAAAUAGAAAAGAAAAAGGGAAAAUCUCACAGAAACUGCAGUUGUUUGACGAGGGGGAAAAGUCCCUGUAGAAUUUGACAACUUCUCUCCAAAAUUCCCAUUGAUUCAAAUGCUUGGUUGUUUCAUUACUUUAACUGUUAUCAGAAAGAUACUAUAUUCAUGUGCCAAACUAGUUCUGAAAUACUUUAUUUUAUGUUCUGGUGGGUUGUUUUGAUGACUUGUAAAUCUCUACUGCGUGGAGAUAUAAAAACUGUUCAUACUCUGAUGCUAACGUGUAUCCAUAUUGUACCUUUCACAUGUAUUCUUACUGAAUAGGUGAAGUAAACAUGUGCAGAACAUGUAGAAAGGAAUACUUUUAAAGUUGAGUGUUUCUUUUCAAACAAGGAGUAUAUUUCAUUUAGUACAGUGUAUUUACACUAAGAAGUAUUCUUUCCUGAAUUAGCAUGUUUUCACUGAGAAGGACGCUUCUGAAUUAGCCUUUGCUAAUUUUCAAAUUCAAACUGCUUAGACCGGUGUCUUUGAGACUAAAUUCCAGAAUAUAAGAAUAAUUCCUCCUCUAGUUAUAUAGUUAAAACACAUCAAAGGAAAUUGUGUAACAAUCACUUUCUGUUUUCAUUAAAUAAUAAUUUAAAGAUGUUACAACCAUGUCAUGUUUAAAAGGACGUGGGUUUUAAUUUUUUUGUCCUCCCUUUGUUUUAAGAUCUAGCCAAAACCUUGCAAAUAAAAAAAUCUUCCUUUCUGUUCUGCUCAUGUUUUUUUAUUGCAAAUAUUAAUUUCCCCCCUCCCCCCAAAAAUCCCCUUUCCUUCCAAUGUAUUUUUAAAGGAGCUUAAAUAGAUACAGCUUUAUUGUUCUCUUCCUUGUGUUCAGGAGUAGCAUCAGUGAUGUGAGAGCAGUUCUUGGAAAAACCUUAAGAAAAUACUUGACAAAAUGCUGCUGCAACAGAGCCAGCAAGAUGGAAGGGCAAGCACACACAUUUACCCUUUUUUUUGUUCACCAAACAG